CACCCGUUGAACAAGCUGCCAUAAAUCCCGUUGCUCAUUCACAUUUACACACGUCCUUUAUCACAACUUAUUACGUCUUUCUUUGUCCACCUCCAAAUCCCCAAAAUACCCUCAAUAAACUCCCAUAUUUCCAACUCAAUCCACCUCUUUCUUUCUAUAAAAACAACCUUCCCAUCUCUCACCACGCAGUUUGCCAAACCAUUCCCUCUCCUGGGGGCCCCCUCAAAUUUCCCAAAAUACCCUUCCCUCCAUUUGUCAACCUUCAACCUUCCAUUGAUGGCGACAUCUUCAAAAUCACGCUCAAAUUCCCCGGUUCUCCCACUGAAUUUUUCGUUCCCUCGCUCAAUUUCACCUCCUCGACGUCAAUUUUCUCAAUCUUCAUUUUCAUCAUCAUCUUCAUCGCAAUUUUCCGAUUCGUUUUCGUCUUCGUACAUUUCUUCAAAUUUCGCUUCAUCGUCUUCGUCAUCUCUAUCAUCCUCCAUUUUCGACCGACCUUCAUCACCUACAAGAGUUAAUCUUUCUCCUACGAGUUCGGUGCCUUCAUUUCGGAUCUCGCUUAAUCGUUCUCAUUCACCUAAUUCUCGCGUUUCGAUCCGUGAUCAAGUCGUUUCGAAACCUGCGAGUAUUAAGAAAACAUGUAUGUGUUCUCCUACGAAUCAUCCUGGCUCAUUCCGUUGCUCGAUUCAUCGAAACGGUAGAGCUAAUAAUAGAAAUAAUUCUCAGUCGAUUUCGUGUUCACCGAGUCGGCUUAAUCUCCGACGAUCUGCGAUGACGAACUCGCUCGUGAGAAUUGGUACUGUUGAAGGUGAUUGGGUGAAACGUGCGCUAACUGCUCUAAUUCGUCCCUCGUCGCAUCAACAACGAAGGAGAUUUGAUUUUCAGCAUCGUCCUAGUCGUCUAUCAAUCAUGUCAUAUUGAUGUUUGAUUCGGUUGUAAGAAGGUUUGUAGAACUUGAGUUUUUCCGCCUUUUUCGGCGAGUUUUCCUGCUGAAAUUCGCAGAGAUCUGAUGUGGAUGUGGAGAGAAGAGGACAUAAUUCUGGAGAUAGUAGUAUUUUGAUUUGAUUCGCUGAUGACCAAUUGGACAUUGUAGCUUGUAAAUAUUCAGUGGACCUAAAAAUCGUUGGCGUUGGACGUUUCCUUUACUGUAACGUCGUCGUUGCACAUUCUGUACUACACAUCGUCGUUGAUAUGGUAUCGCCGUCACAUAUUAUUCAUUGACUCCAUUUUCAGCCUGCAGGUCACAAAAAUAUUAAGGCAGAAGAAAUGUAGUUGGGCCUAAUCAAAAGUAAAUGAUCACAUAAGUAUUAAUUAAUUGAUUAAUAUAUACGACUAGCAUUUCUGGAAGGAUUGAACAUGUGGAACGCAAUAAGAAUACCUUUGCGAGGAGGGUUAACUGAGGAAAUGUUUGGCGCACAGAACAUUGCCAAAUUCUCUCUUUAAGGAAAUUACGCGUUAAGAAGGGGAAAUCACGGAUUCUUUGAAUCAUUACAGAAUUAUGCCAAUUUAGUCACCUAAGAAAUUUUGAGUUACUGUUCGAGUCGGCGAAAAGUUAACAUAAACGAAAUAAGAAGAAUCUUAGGGUAAAAAUUGAUUAAUCUUAAUGUCGUUGAUAGGAUGUGCUAUAACGAAAGUUUGAAUUGAGCUAGGUUAACAUAUUCCACACUUCCAUGAAAAAAGACUCAGAGAAAUUUCUAAUUUUUCAAUUAUAACCAUGAAAAAAGACUAAAGAGAAAUUUUUAAUUUUCAAUUAUAUUCACAUGGUUAAGAAAAAGAAUAAUCAGCUUUAUUUAUAUAAAAUUAAUUGGAAGAAAAAACUAACUUUCUUAAAAAUAACCUAACUUAAAAAUAACCUAAUUCUAAAAGUAACCUAAUAACCUUUCUUAAUAAUUGGAAGUUAUUAGAAAAACUCCAAAUUUAACUAUUAUUUUCUACACUUUCUCUCAAGUUAAGUGGUAGGUUUUGAAUACUCAACUUGCAAAGUGUCUCUUCAAAUUAGGGCUGGCAAAAGCUGACCCGACCUGCCAACCUGAUCUGAAACCGACCCGAAAUUAGCGGGUUUGGGUUUAGAUUUUUGACCCAAUUAAUUAAAUGGGUCAACCCGAUCUGAUCUGUUUAUUAAAUGGGUUAGGUUCAGGUUGAAUUUUUAAACCCGAAAAAAACCUGUUUAACCCAUUUAUUAAAUGGGUCAUUCAGGUCAGGUCGACCCAUAUUAACCCACUUGGGAGUUGGGCCUGCGAUAUUAACCCAUUCCUUUUCGCUCUGCUCCAUUCAAAAUCAUAAACCCUAAAAAUAUUUCGUGGUUUUGCUUCGCCUUCCUCAGUUCCUCAUUCAUUCCAGCGCCUUCUUCAUUCCUCUUCUCUCAGUUCUCUGUGCGAGUGUGCGCCUUCCUCAUUCCUCUUCUCUCAGUUCUCUGUGCGCCUUCCUCAUUCCUCUUCACUGUGCGCCUUCCACUUCGUCUUCGAGUCUUCGACCUUCAGGCCUUCCUCUUCUCUGUUCUCAUUCUUUUAUUUUUAUUGUUCGAUUUUUCUGAUUUUUUUUUGUUCGAUUUUUUCUGAUUUUAAUGUUCAUUGCUGUUAGUCCUGAUACUGCUAUUUUCAUUGUUCUUAAUGCUCGAUUUUUUCGAUUUUGUUUGUGUUCCAUUCUACCAAAUCCUGUUACUGCUAUGUAUAUUGAGUUCUUUGUGUAUUUUCCUUUGGAGUUUGCUUUUGUAUUUCCUUUUGUUGUUCUUGGGAGUAAUCAUGUCAAUUGAUGUUGUUAAAUUGAUGAUGAAUCAAUUGAUGAUGUUGUUAAAUCAAUUGAUGAUGAAUCUGAAAUUGGGUUAAGUGAUGAUCCAUGAAGAUAUCAUUGCACAAUGAGUCUGAUUUGAGUAAAAAUGUGAAUAAAAUAUUUGGGUCAAAUGGGUCAAAUGACCUGAAAUAUAUGGGUUUAAUGACCUGAAAAAAAAAGCAGGUUAAAUGGGUCAUUAGCAGGUUGACUCGACCUGCCACAGAUUAGGUCGGGGUUUCAAUUUUUGACCCAUUUAAUUAAAUGGGUCAGGUUCAGGUCAAGGGUCUAUUGACCCAUUUAUAUAUGACCCAAACCUGAAAAUGACCCAACCCGACCUGUUUGACACCCCUACUUCAAAUACUUCUGUUCUUACUGCUUUCGUAAGAAUGUUCGCAAUCUUGCUCUUGGAUGUGACGGAUGGAAGACUAAUAACUUUCUUUUCAAGCUUCUCUUUUAUGAAGUGACGAUCUACUUCCACAUACUUUGUACGAUCAUGUUGAACCGGGUUUUCUAAAAUCUUAAUUGCAGCUUCAUUAUCACAGUAAAGCUUACACGAUUUAGUUUGAGAAAAACCAAAUUCAUUUAACAACUUCUGAAGCCAUAAAAUUUCAGUCAUCCCUUUGGUAAUACCUCUGAAUUCUGUUUCAGCACUAAACAAAGCUACAACCUUUUGCUUUUUACUUUUCCAUCACCAGGUUACCUUCAGCAAAAGUAAAAUAUCCAGAGGUUGACUUUCUUCCAUCUCUAUCUCUUACCCAAUCGACCAUUAGUAUAGGCUAAUAAAUCAAGAUUACCAUUCCUUUUAAACAAAAUACCUCGACCACACGUUCCUUUGAGAUAUCUAACUAUCCUCAUGACAGCUUCGAGAUGAUCAGUUUGAGGAAGAUGCAUAAAUUUGGUUAAAUUAGAUUGUAACUUGACAACUCGUACUUUAUUUUUUUACUCAUUAUUUUAGUUUUGUCAUUUUUCAUUCCACACCAUUAUUUUGUCAUUUUCAGUCCACAUAUUUAGUUAAUAAAAAUUUUCGGGUGACAUUUCUGUCAUAGCCUUCAAAUUGAUUAAUUGAGCAUUUUUUAUAAGAAAAAUAUUUUUUAUGAAAACAAGUGAAAUAUAGAUUCUUCUAGAAUUUUUUUGAUUAAUUGGAAAAAAUGUUGGAUUGAUCCAAAUUGAUUUGAAUAUGACACACAUGAUCUGAAAUUGAUCAGACCUAAAACAAAUUCAAUUAAAAUUAACCAAAUCGAAAAUACUCCGCUAUCAAAACCCAUCCGGCAAAUUGUCAAACAUAGUUACGAGGUGAUGAUAACAUAGGCUUUUAGUUACUAUUAGACCAAACCCUUCUUUUCCGAUAUCAUAACAAAGACUAAGAUUUUUGAGCCGGUCCAUAGAGUGCCUAUAAGAACUGCCUUUGAUGUCCAAGUCAUUAAAAAUCAUGAAAAGAGGGUAUAAAUUGUCAUUAUUUAGUGCAAAUCAACCUUUAAUUAGAGAUGAUUAGGACUUAUUUAUUACUUGCGGCCUUUUGUAAAUAUAUCAGGGUUGUAUCCAUAGUGGAAU